AUGAAUCUACAUAUAAAAUGGGCAGCCCUAUCCACUGUUGGAAACCAGAACUUGGUCAACCCCAACGGCGAGUACAUGCGCACUACGACCAUAACAGAUGGCAGUAUUCUAGGAGGCUACGCAGUUCAAGAAGGCGAUAAUCAUGUUCUGCGGACAGCUCAAUCUACGGACGGCGGGGUGACCUGGACACAGCUUGGUAUCGUCGACAGCGGACCGUCGGCUACCAGGGAACUCGACAACGCAUUCCCCUUUCAAUUACCAAGCGGCCGACUGCUCUUCGCGUUCCGGAACCAUGACCGCAUAAGCAAGGAUGUCUUCACAUACUACCGUAUUACUCUUUGUUACUCGGACAAUGGUGGGAAUACCUGGAAUUACCUCACCCAGAUCGAUGAGCGAGCUGCUGAUCCGAACAAUCUCAAUGGUUUCUGGGAACCUUACCUCCGACUGUCGUCGAAUGGGACCCUUCAGGUUUUCUACUCCUCGGAGAAUAGCGCAGCUGAUCAAGACAAUCUGAUGAAGAUUUCCAUUGAUGACGGAAAUACUUGGUCUGGCGAGAUGCCUGUCUCAGGUCAGGGGAUUACUGCGAGGGAUGGUAUGACUGGGGGAACGAAUAUUGAUGAUAAUGGGAACUUGAUCGGUAUCUACGAGACCACCGAAGACGGCCCCUUCUCCGUGAACUACGUUCUCUCUCAAGACGAUGGGUUUACCUGGAACACACGCACACGUCUCUACACAGCGGCCAACGGCGCUGACGCCGGUGCUCCACAGAUUAUCAAUGUCGGGGGCACAAUUGUCGCAGAUUUCAUGACGAAUGAAGACGGGGGGCAAUCUACUACCGUUGACAGUGGGGAGAUGAAGGUUAUUACGAGCACUGGUGAAGGACAGACGUGGAGUAUGCCGACAAUUACGGGAAAUCUAGGCUCACAUUGGCCUGGGAUGUAUGUCAUUGACUCGUCGCACUUUUUGGCGCUUUAUUCUCUAGACAAUGUCGGGUUGAUUACGCAAGAAUAUCAGUUGUAA